AUUUUAUCUACUUCACUUUAUGGAACAUCCAAUCAGAACAGAUAUUCAUAUAUUAAACCAUUGGAUAAUAUGAGCAUUGCAGCCGAUAAACUAACUGAUAAAGAAGUCAGUGAUUUGGAUUCAGAAAAUGAUACAGUCUGGUGGUCUCAUCUAUUGCCCUACAAACCAUCAAACUUACCAAGUAAUUUAGCUGACCGGCUAAGACAACGGAACAGUUUAAUUCUUUCUAGAAGUUCACCAACAGCUCGACUUUCAAAUAGUUCAUUGCCUACUUCAUUCCCGUAUAACUGUUCUAAUCAAAUUAACAAUAGUAAUAAUAAUAAUAAUGGCAAUGGUAAUAAAGUCGCCUACAACAUUCCCAAUCUAAUGAUCCAAUCAAUGUAUGAACAGAGUGAUUCUUCGGGUUCUAGUGGACUAAGAACCGAUGGUUUAUCUUCUCUUUAUUAUACACGAAAUAAAGGUGUCAGUGAUUCACGAAUCAGACAUUCAAGACCAUUAAGUGUGCAUACAGACUAUUCACACAGUGCUAAUAAUUCAUUUCAUCUGCCGUCAUUAACACAUUUAAAUUCAACAAUAAAUACUGACACUGUUCAUUAUUCCUCAUCAUCAUCAUCAGCAUCAUCACAACAAAGACAACUUCAACAACAACAACAACAACAACGGCCUAGUCAGCAAAUAUCAACACGGCCAUCUAGUCUUCAUUAG